AUGACAACGCGGGUUAGGUGCUACCCGGGCAUAUUUGUUGAUGUUGAGGCCGGUGCUGGCAACGUGCUUGCGCAAGUAGCACUUACGAGGAACGUCAGAGCGUGCAUCGGGGUCGAGCUUCGACGAGACCACGUCUCUUUAGGUGAUCGUUGUAUGCAGCAGCAGCUCAAGCAAUAUCCAUGGCUCAGGAAGAUACUGCUCAAACAAGUGAAUGUUAGAGAUGGUUCGAUGUCACGGCUUCCUCACAUUUGUGAAGCCACUAUUGUCUUCGAUAAGAUAUUCCUCUUUGAAGAAGAUGCUAAGCUGAUUGUUUUACGAGAGCUACGUGCAAUGUCAGAGGCACGGAUGAUAGUUGCAACGUCGCUCUUCUGCCCGAGUCAUCGUUCAUCUUGCACAGAGCCAUGCUGCAAGUGCUGGGAGCUCGAUCAUCACAUAGAAGUACAUGUUAGCUGGAAGGCAACGCUCCAUCCACUCUUUAUAUACCGUAAGAAACUAUGA